AUGGGGCAAGCACUUCUCUCCUUCAAAUCCAUGGUAUCCGGCGAUCCAAGGAGAUCGCUGGCCUCGUGGAAUGACUCUGUUCAUUUCUGCCGGGAGAUUGAUCUCUCAAACAAUCAUAUUAAGGGAAUCAUCCCACAAGAGAUUGGUCUCCUUCCCCGGUUGCUAUAUCUUGACCUGAGUAUGAAUUCCCUCGGAGGAGGUAUUCCUGCUUCACUCUCUCAGUGUUCAAGAUUGGAGGUGCUGAGACUGUGGAAUAACAAGCUCCAAGUCUCUUAUGGUGACCUAGUGAAAGCCACUAAUGGAUUUUCUGAGGACAAUAGAAUUGGAAGUGGAAGUUUCGGUAACGUAUAUAAAGGACUACUUGAUGGUGAAUAUAGGAAAGCUGUUGCUGUGAAGGUAUUGAAUCUUCAUGUACGAGGAGCAUCAAGGAGCUUUUUGGUAGAAUGUGAAGCCAUGAAAAACAUUCGGCACCGGAAUCUUCUCAAGAUCCUUACAAUAUGUUCAAGUGUAGAUUUUCAAUGUAAUGACUUCAAGGCUGUGGUUUCUGAGUUCAUGGACAACGGCAGUUUAGAUGCUUGGUUGCAUCCCAAAGCAAAUGAGCGAUUCAAACUGAAGAAGCUGAACCUUAUUGGAAGAUUAAAUAUAGUUAUUGAUGUAGCUCAUGCUCUGCAUUAUCUCCACCAUCUAUGUGGGAAACCAAUUGUUCACCGUGAUCUGAAGCCAAGCAACAUUCUUCUCGAUGAUAAUAUGAUGGCCCAUGUUGGUGACUUUGGGCUGGCCAAGUUUCUCAAAAAGGUUUCUUCUCAGUACUCAACAAGUUCAUGUGGUCUCAAAGGAACAAUUGGAUAUAUUGCUCCAGAGUACGGAAUGGGGAGUGAAGUUUCCACUCGUGGAGAUGUGUAUAGCUAUGGGAUACUUUUGCUGGAAAUGUUUACUGGAAAGAGACCGACCGAUGAGAUGUUUGUAGGAGGCCUUACUCUUCGUAUGUUUGUGGAGAUGGCAUUUUCUGAACGAAUCAUAGACAUCAUCGAUGCUCAUUUGUUCGCACCACCAACUAAUGAUGCUGAAAAAAUGAAUUAUGCAAGAGCAAUUGAGUGCAUAGCUUUAUUGCUUAGAAUUGGUAUCACAUGCUCGAAUGAAUUACCGGCAAAGAGAAUGGAUAUGGGCAACAUUAUCAAAGAACUGCAUAUUGUCAGGGAUAUGCUCAUGAGGGAUGGAAAUCAGGUGGAGAGAAACUGAGUCCUGCAGAGUAGUGAAGGUCCAUCUACAAUUAUUCAGUGAGGAAUUACUGCUAUGGGCAUGUGCUGUGCAUGUGACACACACCGACACACACAUACACGCACAAUUCCUGUUGAAAUCAACUUUCUAGGCAUGAUGGUUGAUUUAAGUGAUGAUAACCUCUUCGUUUUAGAUAGUUUCUACUGAAAUCUGGCUGUGUAAUCAUAAUGGUUAGUUUAAUUGCAAAUAUAUAAUCAUGGAGUGGUCUUUAAGUAACCAAGGCGAUAGCAGUUUGUAUAACUAAGAAGAAGAAGAAGUUCCCUAUCUAUGUCCAUGUGUGUAUUUUUUGUGUGUUAUGGAGAAUUCCAGUUGAAAAUGCCUCUGCUAGCAUUUUAAUUUAUCGAGAUUUUAAUUCAUACGUUCAACCAUUGUUGUUAUUGUUGUUGUUUUGUUUUCUGCAUAAUUUCUCAGAUUACCUUUGUCUUAUACUUCCUUAUUUGCGUAUGUAUAUGUCAAGAGAAAUAAAGAACAGGAUAAGAAUAGGAGUUCCUAUUCUUAGAUAUGUCUUUAGCUAUGAAAUAUUAAACGUUUAUUGCUAAGAAUGCUGAUGAUGUCUACUAAGGUCUAAUAAGCCUUAAGAAAUUUGCGAAUUCCAUUGAUUUCUUUGCAAUAUAUUUGACUCA